CAGAACAAAUAUGACCAGGACAUGACAACUCAAUCACGCUCUGCUAUCUCAUCUCAGAUAAGUAGACCAACAUAUCCUGCAAAAAUAACUCAUCAAUUUGCUGUCUCAGUAUUAUUUGUCAGUAUUACGACGUGACACAAUUCAAGUUUCACACCUUUUAAAAAAUAUUCGUUUUUACUUAAUUGUGCAGAAAUGUCGUGCAAUCCGUGCUGCUGUUGCGGAUCCCUUCAAAGGGGCGUGAUCAUCCUAGCGGUCAUUGAGACGAUUCUCGCCCUCAUGAAUUUAGGAACCCGGAUUUUUGCCCUGAUCGCUGCUACAAAUGACAGUAUUAGUUGGGGAGAUAAGUCGGAUAAUGGAGAAACGGCGACUGUGGUGACACUAUCUGUGAACAUUGUGUUUGCUGUUUUAUCUCUCCUGCUCGCUUUGAGGCUGUAUUUUGCAGCGAGGAAGAGGGACAAGAAAAAUUGUACGAUCUGGCUCAUCGUCACCGCCAUAAUUACGGCAAUCACAAUUAUCGUAGUUGUCGUAAAUGUUACGAAGGGCGUGGCGAAUACCGUCGAACUCGUGGCAACCAGUGUCGACAUUGUAUACAAUUUUUAUAUGAUGUGGUGCGUAUACGCGUUCAUUCAGGAAAUCAAGGGGGAUCGGGAUGCUCCGAUUAAUACGGCCUGAUGAUAAUCACCAAUGAGAUUUACGCUGCACCAUGCAAAUAUUAAUACCUUAAAGAUAUAGGCUUAAUUUUGUAAAAUGCGUACAUGCAUAGGCAAAUAGAUUUGACCCAACACAAUGAUUUUGUUACAGACACGAAGUACCAGAAAAACGUAUUUAUGUAAAUAUAUAGGUAUAAAUAUAUGAAAAUACACCACAACAAAUAAAAUAAUUACAAUUGUUAAGUUUUUUCUUAGUGAGGCAAAUACCUAACAACGAAAAAAAUUACUAAGUAUGCAUUUGACCCACCCUAAAAAAGUGACCAUCUGCGAUAUCUCAGUAAUUUCUCAACCGAUUUUGAUGAAAUUUUGCACCGAUUAUUGUUACAUAAUAUAGAAACGGGAUCUGAUCCGACUAAGCGAUUAGGUGAUUUUGACCUGAAUUAUGGGCAAAAAUGUAGCCUUAGAAACACAUUUGUAAUUAUUGCUAGUUACUAGCAAACUUUAUCAACAGUUUGAUACCCACGAAUUGUAGAGCAGCUUAUCCCGAAAAUUUUAAGUAUAAAUAUAUCAAAAUCCGUUAAGAAUUGGCUUAGUUAAUCCAAUUUGAAGUUCAGAAAUUCCGUGCGUGCUACAAAUCAUUGUCAUUGACAGCGACGCAAGACUAAUAAAUUGAAAACAAAUUAAAUA